AUGCUGGGCUUGUUCAACAAACAACCUCUGGUUGCGACCGGUCAGGAGCUCCAAAACGAUGUGGUUCUUGCCAAUGGCCCCGAGGACCUGGUGCUGGACAUUGCGUUUCUGUCGCAACUGAACCACUUGCUGGUGGCGCUGUGGGAUGGGAAGGUCCGCAUCUACGAAAUCGACCAGCUGCUGGGCCAGAACCAAGGGCGGGCGAUGUUUGAACACACGGGGCCUGUGCUUUCGGCCAGAUGGUCUAAUGAUGGCACUAAGGUGGCGCUGGGGGCUACUGACAAGACGGUGAAGUUGUUUGACGUGCAAUCUCAACAAGCGCAACAGAUUGGUGUCCACGACGCCCCGGUACGCAGUAUUCGAUUCGUCGAAUGUGGACCCACCAACACCCCGGUGGUGGUGCUGGGUUCGUGGGACAAGACAUUGAAGUACUGGGAUAUGCGGCUGCCCCAGCCCGUGGCGACGGUGGCGUUACCCGAACGCGUGUACCUGAUGGACAGUGUGGCCAAGCUUUUGGUGGUGGGGUGUGCUGAGCGUCAAAUAUGCAUUUUUGACUUGAACAACCCCCAGCAGAUCUUCAAGACUAAAGAGCUGCCGUUGAAGAUGCAGACCCGGGUGGUAUCGUGCUACCCGCAAGCGAAUGGCUACGCCGUUGGUCUGAUUGAAGGCCGCUGUGCCAUUCAAUACGUCAAUGACGCCGAACAAAGUAAGUUGGGCUUCUCGUUCAAGUGCCACCGAGUGCAGAAAUCCAACAACUUGCUGGGUGGCCCCACUCUGGAAGCGUACCCGGUGAACCUGAUUGUGUUCCACCCGACGUUUUCGACGUUUGCUACUGCUGGCCUGGAUGGUGUAUUUACUUUCUGGGAUAAAGAUGUCAAGCAACGACUCAAGGGGUUCCCCUCGGUGGGCGGCACGAUCUCGUCCACUGCUUUCAACCGCGAUGGGCUGAUCUUUGCUUACGCCAUCAGUUACGACUGGCUGAAGGGGUUUGAGUACAACAAACCCGACACUCCCAACGUCAUCAAGUUGCACGCGACCAAGGACGACGAAGUCAAGCCGAAGAACAAACGGUAA